AUGUCUAACGAAUCUGGAGAUAAAAGAUUAUCACAAAUCGAUAAAUCAUUUCAAGUUUUUCACAACCGACAAUCUGGCAGUUUCGUUGCAUUUUCUCGUAGAGAAAUCACGACAAUCAUCUAUCGUUCUUUAUCAAUGUCUGUUCCAUUGUUAGGCAUGACAAGAGACGGUUAUUUCAACAUUGCCCGUGGUGAGGAAAAAAGCGAAGAAGAAAUAUUUCCAACAAAAAAUCAUCCCGUCCGAUUUGUGUUUAUUUCUCCUUCUAUCGUUUUUGCUCGACUCUCGCUCGAAUAUUUCUUGUCAAAUUUGUCAUGA